AGGAAAAAGAAAAACAUAGACACGCUCCCUCUCAGCUCAGCUUUCUCUCUUUUAUUUUUCCCACUCAAUAUUUACACAGUUCACUAAAUUUACAAAAUCAUCGUUAUUGUUGCAUUGGGUUGUUUUCAUUUUCUUGAAAAAGUUGAAGGAAAAGUUGGGUUUUGUUGUUUUGGAAUGUUGAUGGAAGAGGGAUGAAGAAUAUGAUGAGGGAAGCUAGUUUACAAGCGAUGUUUUCGGGUAUGAAUCCAAGGGACGUGAAUCUCAAGCCGAAGACGAAGCAAAGAACGCGGAACAGGAGGUGCAGGUCGGUGGUAGGGAGGCGGAGCAGGCCGCAAACGCCGUUGUUUAAAUGGAACAUGGAAGAGGACGGCGGCGGAGUUGAGGAGGAGCUCGAGGAUAAAGAGGCUAGUGGUGAGGGAAGACGGAGGAAAGGGACUUCGACAGUGUCUGCGAGGAAACUUGCAGCUGGAUUGUGGAGGUUGCAGUUGCCGGAGACGGCGAUUCCUGGUGGCGGAGAGAGGAAGAGGGGUCAGUUGGGAAUCAAAGGCGGUAACGAUUUUACGGGUGUCCCGGUACUUCACGAGGAUGAAAUUCAUGGUUCAACAGCAAAGGAUCUGUUACGGAGCCCGGCUUCAGUCUUUGGCACAGAAAAUGGUCUCCUGCACAAGAUUGAGUCUUCAAUCCCAUAUUUGAACUCUGCGAUGGAGGGAGCGACAAAGUGGGAUCCUGUCUGCUUGAAACCAACAAAUGAGGUGCGGCAAACUUACAGCCGUAUGAAGCAUAUUGACCAACGAGUAACUGCAGUAUCAACUGUUUCUGCCCUUGAAGCUGAAUUAGAGCAGGCUCGAGUUCGCACUGAUGAGCUUGAGACUGAAUGCCGGUCCUCAAAGAAGAAACUCGAGCACUUGUUGAGGAAAGUUAGUGAGGAAAGGGCUGAGUGGAGGAGCAGAGAGCAUGAAAAAAUACGUGUGUUUGUUGAUGAUGUCAAAGCUAACUUGAAUCGAGAAAAAAAGAAUCGCCAGAGGCUCGAAAUUGUUAAUUCCAAAUUGGUGAAUGAGCUGGCUGCUGCCAAGUUAUCGGCCAAGCAAUAUAUGCAGAACUACGAAAAAGAAAGAAAGUCCAGAGAACUAAUUGAAGAAGUAUGUGACGAGCUUUGUAAGGAAAUUGGAGAAGACAAGGCUGAAGUGGAAGCACUAAGGAGAUAUUCCAUGAAGCUUCGAAAGGUAGUCGAUGAGGAAAGAAAGAUGCUGCAGAUGGUUGAAGUCUGGCGUGAAGAACGUGUUCAGAUGAAACUCAUCGAUGCGAAGGUAGCGCUCGAAAAGAGGUAUUCACAGAUGAACAAGCUUGUAGCAGAUUUGGAGAAUUUUCUAAGGUCAAGGACCGAAACUCGGGAUGCGAAUGACAUGAGAGAAGCAGAAUCGCUUAGACAGGGUGCUGCCUCGGUUAAUGUCCAAGAAAUUAAGGAAUUCACAUAUGAGCCCCAAAACCCGGAUGACAUUUUUGCUGUUUUUGAAGAGGUAGCUUCAGCUGAAGCCACUGAAACGGAUAUCGAACCCUGUGUCGCAUACAGUACUGCUAGCUAUGCCUCAGAAAUUCAAAUGGCGAGUCCUCGAAUGAGUAUGAUAAAAAAAGGCAGCAUUCUGAGACAUUCAAAUGCAAAUGUUGAGAUAGAAGAAGACGAAAGUGGGUGGGAAACUGUCAGCGAUGUCGAGUACCAGAGCUCGAGUUAUUCACAACAAGGGAGUACUGCAUCUGUAAACAAGAAUCCUUGGCACAGCUAUUUCUCGGGUAGUGGAACUGAAUGGGAAGAUAAUACAUGUCGGGAUACCCCAACCACGGAAUUUAGCGAAGUUUGUUCUUUGCCUGCUAGACAGUUUAAGAAGGUGUCAUCCAUGGCAAAGCUUUGGAGAUCAUGUCCAAACAAUGGAGAAAAAUACAAGACAAUCUCGGUAGAAGGAACAAACUGCAGGCCUUCAACCGGAAGGAAGUCUAAUUGGAGUAUUAUGUCCCUGGAUAAAUGGUCCGUUAAAGGUGGUUUCAGUCCCUCGGAAAUGUUGGGACAAUGGAGUUCACCAGACUCUACUCAUCCACCAGUAACGAAAAGGUGCAGCGAAUGGUCUUGCAGUGCACAGCCAACUAGUUUGAAGGAAAAACUUUUGGAGGCAAGAACGGAAACACAGAAGGUCCAGUUACGACAUGUUCUUAAAGAGGAGAUUUAGAAGCAGAAGGUGAUCGCCAACCAGCUUAGCUUAAUCGCCGCGGUAGCCGGCUGUCCCCAACCAAAACAAGUAGCAAUAUAGUUACCAGACAUCAUAUUUCCAUCAUGGAUUCUAUUGAUUCUUUUCGUUAUCCGAUAUGCUGAUAAAUUUGGGACAAUGCUGCUGAUGAAACAGUUGGAUCAUCAUCUCCUUUUCAUCUGCUAUGGUUCUGCUUGGGGGGCCGUAGCCAUUCCCUUUGUAACUAAGGAAAGCAGUGUCCUCCAUUUGUACUGUAUCCCAAGGAUAUCAAGGAAUACAGGUUCACGGUAACUGAAAUGAGAAGACUUUCCAUUGUAGUUUUUUACUUUUUUUGUAUUUUUGCUGUAAGAGACGCCUCAUUUGAUUCAAGGUAAAUUACAAGUAUCUGUGUUUCUCUAAAGCCAA